CGGAUUCUUUUUCUAGCAUUUCUCAAUUCUUUUUUGUUCCGGCCCCAAUAUGCUCUGUCUCAAAGUCAAUUUGCCUACGAGUUCGAACGAACCGACAAGAAGGAGCAAUACACAAGAGAGAAGACAAGGAAUAGCGCCAGCGGCGGCCAGGGUGCCGCUCGAUCUCUAUGACUUGUUCUUCCCUCCCUUUCUUCCCUUCACAAGGUUCCUGAGGCCCGCUUUGAGCUGAGAUGGAUUCGUCCCAGUAGUGUUCUGGGUGCUCCCGUUUCUUGAUUUCUUCCGAACUUAGGCAUUACUGUUUACAGAAUACGACCACAAGAUUCCGGACACUGUGUUUUGCUCUUCUCCGAGUUUGCACUUUGCUUGAUAUUCCAUUUGGAGGAGCUGCGAUGGGCUGUCUGCAAACAAAGCACGCCAGUCGAUCGCCGCACUUGCUGGAUACACGGGAAGCUGUAGCCCUUGCUGCUGAAACAUCUUGUGAGAAAGUGGAUCUUCCAGAUUUUGUUAAUAUUGCUACUGGAACACUGCGGCUUACAGUGAGUGAAGUUGAAGCACUGCAUGACCUCUUCCGGAAAAUAAGUAAUUCAGUUAUCAGAGAUAAUCUAAUUCACAAGGAAGAAUUCCAACUUGCUCUCUUUAGGGGCAAGAAGCAGCAAAAUCUCUUUGUUGAUAGGGUAUUUGACUUGUUUGAUCAAAAACGAAAUGGUGUAAUUGAAUUUGGUGAGUUUGUUCGAUCUCUUGGUGUGUUUCAUCCAGAUGCACCAGAAGAUCAGAAAGUUGCAUUUGCAUUUAAGUUGUAUGACUUAAAACAGACAGGCUUUAUAGAACGGCAUGAGUUAAAGGAGAUGGUGCUGGCUCUGCUGGACGAAUCAGAUUUGGAUAUUGCGAGCGACGCUGUCGAGAUGAUUGUUGACAGGACAUUUGAUCAGGCCGACACAAAAGGUGAUGGGAAGAUAGAUCAGGAAGAAUGGACUGAAUAUGCUAAAGACAAUCCAUACGUGCUGAGGAAUAUGACCCUUCCAUACCUCAAGGACAUUACUAUGGUAUUCCCAAGCUUUGUGAUGCACUCAGAAAUCAGUGAAACAGACAUGGCUGUCUAACCUGAAAAGUAACUGCAAACUCACAGCUUCUCUGCACAGCCUGAUGUAUAUUAAUGAUGGAACCGGAAUCUUUUCAUCAAGAAAAGGUUAAUUUGCAACCUUCUCUCGUGAACAGAAAUUUGUGGACUGGUGUAAAUGGUGGGAAUAGGAAAGGUGUUCUGUUAUAUUACCGACAAGCAAACGAGCAAUCUAGCAUCUAUCUGAUUGUCGUUUUCAGACA